AAUAAAUGAUGAUCCAGUAAAAGGUGAUAGAGCCAUAGCCAUACUACUAGUAGCCAAGUAUUCCCAAUUUCCCAUUACGGUACUGCAGCAAAAAGUUUUUUGCUGGUAGAUCAGUUGAAGAUCUGCAAUGGAGUCUUCACUACUGACAUCACCGGCGGCAAUUUCUCGUUUGGCAGCAUCCAGAACUAUCAAUUGCAAUUGCAGUCCUUUAAUUUCUCAGUUCCACCGCCAUUUUUCUACUAGGUCAACUCAGUUUGUACUGAUGAGUCAACUCGCUCGGUUCCAUCUUCGAGCUGUAUGUAACGGUGAGGUUCGAGGUCUAAACCGGUUUGGGUCGGUUUCUCUGUCGAGAAGUUUGGCAGCGGCGAAUUUACGCCCGGUUCGGAAGGACUUGCGGAGUGUUUCUGGUUCCGCAGCUUCUUUUGCAGCUAGUGGUGGAGGAAAUGAUAACCCCGGAGGUAAUGGCGGCGGUGGCGGUGGCAACGGAGAUGGUGCGACGGACGGUGGUAAGGAAAAUCCUAGUGUUGUUGCUGAAACGGGUGAAGAUAUAUCUGCUUUGUCCUCUGAUGUCAUUAUCCUAGAUGUUACCGGAAUGACAUGCGGUGGCUGUGCAUCGAGCGUGAAGAGAAUUUUAGAAAGUCAACCACAAGUUUCUUCCGCUACUGUAAAUCUUACGACGGAGACAGCAAUAGUGUGGCCAGUAUCUGACGCAAAGGUUGUACCAAAUUGGCAAAAGCAGUUAGGGGAGGCUCUUGCAAAGCAUUUGAGUACCUGUGGGUUCAAAUCUAACGUUCGAGAUUCCAGAAGGGAAAACUACUUCGAAAUAUUUGAGAAGAAGAUGAAUGCAAAGCGUAUUCAGUUGAAAGAAAGUGGUCGUGCGCUUGCCGUCUCGUGGGCUUUAUGUGGAGUGUGCCUUGUCGGGCAUCUCUCUCAUUUCCUUGGAGCUAAGGCUUCAUGGAUCCAUGCAAUUCAUUCCACGGGUUUCCAUAUGACUCUAUCUCUGUUUACGUUGCUUGUACCUGGUCGACAACUUAUUAUUGAUGGUCUGAAAAGCCUAAUUAAAGGAUCACCAAACAUGAAUACAUUAGUUGGUCUUGGGGCCUUGUCAUCAUUUGCUGUGAGCUCAAUGGCAGCCUUAAUACCAAAGCUGGGUUGGAAAACAUUCUUCGAGGAACCUGUUAUGUUGAUUGCUUUUGUCUUGCUGGGAAGAAACCUUGAGCAGAGAGCUAAAAUUAAAGCCACAAGUGACAUGACAGGCCUUCUCAAUGUCUUGCCAUCUAAAGCAAGACUUGUAGUCAGUGGAGAUUCAGGGGAAUCGAGCACCACUGUUGAAGUUCCUUCUAACAGUCUGUCAGUCGGAGAUCAGAUCAUUGUUUUACCUGGGGACCGUGUUCCAGCUGAUGGAAUUGUCAGAGCCGGUAGAAGCACAGUUGAUGAAUCAAGUUUUACUGGGGAGCCGUUACCUGUCACUAAAUUACCUGGGGCCGAAGUUGCAGCAGGAAGUAUAAACCUUAAUGGAACACUUACUGUUGAAGUGCGACGACCAGGUGGUGAAACUGCUAUUGGGGACAUUGUUAGAUUAGUAGAGGAAGCACAGAGUAGAGAAGCUCCCGUGCAGCGGUUGGCUGACAAGGUUGCUGGGCAUUUUACCUAUGGGGUAAUGACACUUUCUGCUGCCACAUUUAUGUUCUGGAACCUUUUUGGUGCUCGCAUUCUGCCUCCUUCCCUUUAUCAUGGAAGUGUUGUUUCACUAGCAUUGCAGCUCUCAUGUACUGUGCUGGUUAUUGCCUGUCCAUGUGCACUUGGUCUUGCCACUCCUACUGCAGUGAUGGUUGGAACCUCACUUGGUGCCACUAAAGGCUUGCUUUUGCGUGGUGGAAGUGUCCUAGAAAGAUUCUCAACAGUGAAUACAAUUGUGUUUGAUAAGACUGGGACACUGACUAUUGGUAGACCAAUUGUGACCAAAGUUGUGUCUCAAGGUCAAGGCCAUCAAGAAGAUGCAGAUGCAAGACAAGAUUCGACUUCACCUUGUCAGUGGUCAGAAGUUGAUAUUCUGAAGUUAGCUGCUGGAGUUGAAUCAAAUACCAAUCAUCCAAUUGGAAAAGCAAUUGUAGAGGCUGCUCAGAAAGCAAAAUCUCCAAAAUUGAAGGUUUUGGAUGGAACAUUCAUGGAGGAGCCUGGAUCUGGUGCUGUAGGGUAUAUUGAUAAUAAAAGGAUUUCUGUUGGCACACUAGAGUGGGUCAAAAGGCAUGGAGUUCUUGAGAAUCCGUUCCAAGAAUCUGAUGACUUUAAGAACCAAUCAGUAGUAUAUGUGGGAGUUGAUGGCGUCCUUGCUGGUCUAAUUUAUGUUGAGGACCAAAUCAGAGAAGACGCAAGGCAUGUUGUUGAAUCUUUGACAAAACAAGGGAUUAGCACUUAUUUACUGUCUGGUGACAAAAAAAAUGCUGCCGAGUACGUUGCAUCUGUUGUUGGCAUCCCUAAGGAAAAUGUAUAUUAUGGAGUCAAACCAGAUGAAAAGAAUAAAUUUGUAAGCAGACUACAAAAGGAUCAGAAAGUUGUAGCUAUGGUGGGUGAUGGAAUAAAUGACGCUGCAGCCUUGGCGUCAGCACAUGUAGGAAUAGCUAUUGGUGGUGGAGUUGGAGCUGCAAGUGAUGUGUCUUCUAUUGUACUGAUGCACGAUCGGUUAUCUCAGUUGCUCGAUGCUCUGGAGCUAAGCAGGCUAACAAUGAAGACUGUAAAACAAAAUCUUUGGUGGGCCUUCGGAUACAACAUCGUUGGAAUUCCGGUAGCUGCUGGAGUCUUGCUGCCAUCUACUGGAACCAUGCUUACUCCGUCAAUAGCAGGAGCUCUCAUGGGCUUAAGCUCUAUUGGCGUGAUGACAAAUUCAUUGUUACUGAGACUCAAGUUUAAAUCAAGGCAGAAGGAAAUACAUGGACAAUCAGUAAUAGUUGAUAUCCCUUCUGAUUCUCAUAGCUUGAAUCAAGAAAAGUUGAAACAUCCAGAUAGUGAAUCCUCACAAGCCUAGUCAGUGAUUGAUUCCAACACUUAGUUGGUUCUCCGCUUGGGAUACCAAUCAGUUGUAGGGAGUGUAAUCUUGUAAUUGCCGCAGUUUGGACGAACAGGGAUGGGGGACUCUGCUUCAGCUCAAGCUUAUCAACCAUCAAAUUCUAAUGGAUCCCGCUACCUGCAGUUUUACAUGGUUGGGUGAUGCGGAUUUAUGGUCAUCACAGACUACGUACAGAAACUGUACACUGGAUCAAUCUGUCUAGGGAAUCACAAACAAUUUGGUUAAGCAUUAAAUGUGUAAUGGUUGGAUCGUGCCAAGAGAAGGCCACUUAUUCUUU